GUGAGGUUCCCACUUCCAGGCAGAAAAUUCCAAGAUGGCCGCGAAUCUGUGUUUCUUUAUCCUUGUAGCUUUGAUGUCGCUACUCGCCUGUGAGGCAAACGAAUGGAAGGUGUCGGAAAAUAAUGCAAUUUUGGUUAAAUGCCCCUAUUCGGAUAGACCCGCCUGCACCAAGCUUUACUGUUCAGUAAAAUCUCAAUUCGGAAUUCUUAUGUUGUGUCCACAAUAUCAGCCCGAUAUAUGCAAAGAACGUCAACUGGUGAAUGAUGGCUGUGUGGUCACUGGCGUACAGAAGAUGAACGGAGAGUACCCAAAUUGCUGUCCCAUAUUCAAAAAGGUAUGCAAAGGAGACAAGUAUUUCUCCGAAGCAGAGUUCAAAGAAGUAGAACUACGGACGCGAAAUGACAACACGAAAUGCUGAUGUGAAACAUUUUUACUGUAUAAUGACAUUUUUAAAUACAUAUUGUGUCGAAAGAAAGACGAUUUCUUGCCACUAGUUUUAA